GAUUGUCGCCGGUGUCCCCAAUCCACGUGUACACGCACCGCGAGGUUUAUGGCACCGUGGGCUCCCGUGUCACCCUGUCGUGCAGCUUCUGGUCCAGCGAGUGGAUCUCGGAGGACAUUUCCAUCACCUGGCACUUCCAGGCCGAGAGCUCCCGCGACAGCAUCUCCAUCUUCCACUACGCGCAGGGCCAGCCGUACAUCGAUGACGUGGGCAGCUUCAAGGACCGCAUCGAGUGGGCGGGGAACCCGCGGCGCAAGGACGGCUCCAUCGUCAUCCACGGCCUGGAGCCCACGGACAACGGCACCUUCACGUGCGACGUGAAAAACCCGCCCGACAUCGUGGGCAAAUCCUCGCAGGUCACACUCUACGUGCUGGACAAAGUGCCCACCCGCUACGGUGUCGUGCUGGGCUCUGUCAUCGGCGGGGUCCUGCUGCUGGUGGCCGUGCUGGUGGCCCUGGUCUACGCCAUCCGCUACUGCUGGCUGCGGCGCCAGGCGGUCCUGCAGCGGCGGCUGAGCGCCAUGGAGAAGGGGAAACUGCAGCGCUCGGGCAAGGACGGCUCCAAGCGCAGCCGGCAGGCCCCCGUGCUCUACGCCAUGCUGGACCACGGCCGCGGCUCCAAGAAAUCCAAGGGCGCCCCGGGAGACUCCCGCAAGGAUAAGAAAUAGCGGUUAGCGGGCAGGGAGGGACCCCCGGGGGCGGGCGCCGGGGACCCCCAGCCCCCCAAAGUCAUCAUGACCAUCGAGAUGGAGCUGCGGGGGGAGCCCCAGGCCGCCCCCGCGCCCGCCGUCCGCUCCCCGAGCCGGGGCAGCCUCAAGAACGCCCUGCUGAGCAUCAUCAAACCCAACUCGGGGGGCUCCUGAUUUCACCCCCCGACCACCCCCGGCCCCGGCCGCGGCUCUUCCAGGCUCGGGACCCGGCGAGGAGCGGGGUGUGGUCCUCGCCUCGGGUCCCCCGGCCUUGGGGACAGCGCUGGGGACAUCCCCGGGUCCCCCCCGCCCCGUCCCGCAGCCCCUCGGUCGCUCCCUGCCCAGCCCCCGGGCGCCGAGGGAAUUUCUCCUUUUGAACACAAAAAAACACCGGAUUUGGGGUCGGUCCCCGCUCCCCAGGGACCUGAGUGUCACCCCCGUGUCCCCUCCCUUCCUCCCCAAACUCGGGGGGGGUUUCUCUGCCCCCAAUUUUCCUCAUUUUCUGGCCGUUUUCUCGUCUCUCCCCGCGACCGACCCCAAAUGACGUCGCAGGGUGGCCCCCGCCCCGUCCCCUUUGUCGCCUCCU